AUGACAUCUGUAUCGCCCACAACUUCGGGCGUCCAGCUCUCUCUUCGUCCUGUCAGCAGGGGUGUUCUGUAUUUCAAAGCUAUCAGACGAUGGCUUCGACGUGUUGCGGGGCGUCUUCCUGGGGGCUACACCAUUGCCAAGUUGGACACAUUCGAUGGAUUUCGAGCAGAAGUCACACCAUCACGGGUUUUAUCUAUUUUACUCCUAACUCCGGCCCCGUGUUUCCUGCUCAACAUCAGCAUCGAAAGCAUCCCGUUGGCUGAUCCAGCCACAGGAUUCCGAGGGUCUCUCAACUUCCAGAUCCGAAGCUACCUGUCGUUGAUGUUUAUGACCGGAAUGCCCAUGUUCAUGAAAAUUACUUCUAUCCCCGAAAUGUCAACGGCCUCCUGGAAGUUCGUCCUUGCCUACGGGAUGAUUACAGCAGCGGUGGCAAUUGUGCACAACUCUGUCGUAUCGGUCGUCGCAGGCAUUUUCCCCUUGCCAUUUGCCCAAUUUGCGCCUGCCGGUCCGAUCGUAAUCGUUGGAUUUUUGCUUAGUCGCCUCCUC